AUACGGCAUUCCGCCAUUUUAAUUUAGAAGAAGUUCUACAGACACAAGAUACGCACUGGUUGUACUACUUGUCGCACUGCGUUUAGGUUAUCUUGGCAACAUUUUAUCUAACAUACGAAACCCAAAUCACCUAAACCCAUUAGCCCUUUGUGGGUCUUCCAUGUCAGUUUAAGUUUGAUGGUGUAAUUCGUCUUUCGACGUUGGAUGAGUGAGAGGUGAAAAAUGACGCAGUUUCUACCCCCGAACCUUCUGGCGCUCUUCGCCCCGCGGGACCCAAUCCCGUUUCUGCCUCAACUGGAGAAGUUGCCACACGAGAAACACCACAACCAACCUUACUGUGGCAUCGCCCCGUUCAUCAGGCACUUUGAGGACCCGAGAGAUGCCCCUCCACCAACAAGGGCUGAGACUCGUGAAGAGAGGUUGGAGAGAAAGAGGCGAGAGAAAAUUGAAAGAAGACAAACAGUGGUGGAGACGGAACUGAAACUUUGGGACCCGCAUAAUGACCCAAAUGCGCAAGGGGAUGCCUUCAAGACGUUGUUUGUGGCAAGAGUGAACUACGAUACUACAGAGUCCAAGCUUCGCCGUGAGUUCGAAGUCUAUGGUCCCAUUAAGCGUAUCUACAUCGUCUACAACAAGAAGACAGGGAAGCCUCGCGGAUAUGCCUUCAUUGAGUACGAGCAUGAGCGUGACAUGCACUCUGCCUACAAGCAUGCCGACGGCAAGAAGAUCGACGGCAGGAGAGUGCUGGUGGAUGUCGAGCGAGGGCGCACGGUCAAAGGAUGGCAUCCUCGUCGGCUAGGUGGAGGAUUAGGAGGGACCAGAAGAGGUGGUGCAGAUGUCAACAUCAAGCACUCUGGCAGAGACGAUGCGUCCCGCUACGAUGAUCGACCCCUGGGAGCCGAGCGCGGAGAUCGCCCAGAUCGUAGGGAGCGUAGCCGCGACAAGGAAAGAGAGCGUCGAAGGUCCCGAUCCCGCGAACGCCGCCGCCCCCGUUCCCGCGAGCGCGAAAGGGAGCGAGAGAGGCCGCUGGCGCCACCGCCGCCGCCGGCGGAGGAAGCCCCCGGUAGCGCUCGGCGUCGAGACAGAGAGCGCGAGCGAAUGCCGCCGGCCGGAGGAGACAGCAGGAGUAGAGAAAGGAGUAGGGAUCGGGACAGGAAGAGGAGGAGUAGAAGUCGCGAUCGUAAGCGCGAGCGCGAGAGGGUCAAAGGGCCUGAAGGGGAGGAGGCUAGUCAGGGAGAUGGCGGCCCAGAGGGUGGCGAGCGUGCACCGGAAGAAGCAGGAGAAGCAGCUGAGGGUACAGAGGAGCGCAGGGACAGGGACCGAGACCGAGAAAAGGAUAGGGACCGCAGACGCAGCCAUAGGGACAGAGACAGGCGUAGGGGAGACCGGGACCGGGAUCGGGAUCACAAGAGAGAGCGGGGAGACCGAGACAGGGCUGAGCGCAGAGAAGAGCGCCACGGCUCCUUACGAGAAGACAUGGGCCCUCAAGACGAAAUGGCCGCUGAGGAGGGGGAAGAAGUGCCCAACUCGGAGGAGUACAGUCAAGAUGGAAUGAUGGACCAGCAGUCUGUGCCCGAUGAAUAUGCCCCUGGUGAGAAUGGCUACAAGAUGGAGGCAACAACUGGAGAUGAGUACUAACUUAGAUCCAUUCGUUUCAGUCGCUCCUAAAAAUGUUUUUGUAAUUUACUGUAUCACCAAUCCCUAAAUUAAUUGUAUGGAAAAGAUACCACAUAUAGAUGAUAUCUGGCCUUCCUCUCUGUUUACGCUCAAUACUGUUUGUUCCAGUGUGACUCUGCCCAAUUUAUUUGUGCUCAUCAGUCUGGAUUUCAGCAAUUCAACAUCUUUUUGCUUCGAGCGUUAAGGAAGGUGCCCGGCAGCCCAAAACACGAGCUGUCACAUUUUAUUUCCAGCUUUCGUAAGCAUUAUCUCCAAUUGGCUACAGAUACUUUUGUUUAGUGUGACAUUUGGAAGUAAUUGUGUGACGAUUCACAAUUGUGUUGUUAAAAGUUCAAUUAAAUUUUUUUAAUUAAA